AUGUCCGUGAGCAUCCAGAAGCUUGCCAAAUUCGAUCCUCCUGGGUAUCCUGAUGUCGACGACGGCCUCACCGACCCACAGAAGCUUGCAUGGUCUCAGAAGAUUUCCGACUGGAUGGACUUCGAGAUUGCGGGCGACGACGAAUCCGGACAACGUAGCGGCCGUACCAAGCUCCCUCAGUUCUUCAACGGUACCGUCACUGCUUACGAUGUCUCGCAGCAGCCGGCAGCUAUUACCUGGAUUGGAUUCCCAAACUUGGUACGAGUCCGCUACCCCAAUGCGCCUCGGCGAUGGAAGGAAGCCGACAGCACCAGGGACAACCAGGACGAGUAUUUGGAGUGGUCUGUCAAGAAGGACGACGACGGGAACAUCCAAACAGUCACAUUUACUUGUGAAGGUCCUGAGUACUGGGAGUUCUUGGUCCAGAAUCAGCCUGACAAGCUCAACUCCUUGUAUUUGGCUAUGAACCCAGACUUCAAAGGCGAGAUGAAGCCGUCGGAUUGGUGGCAUGGUAAGAGGUAUAACGCAGAGAACAAGUGGAAUGUUUCCACCACAACUGGGACCAUUGCACACCUCGUCCAGAGGAACAACACACUCUCGGCUGAAGUGGAUAUUGCAGCCCAGGGUACUGUUAUCCGCAAAGACAAGGACGGAAAGAUCAUCACGGAUCAGACGAAGCUCAUCAAUUGUUCGGCUUACGGACAACCAAAGCGCAAUUCGGACCCUGUGAUUGGCAGCGCCAUCAACGCUCUCGCUCGAAAGGGUGCUUCUGUCUCGAUUGCCAACCCGGUUGCGCUCUACAUCCAUCAUUUCUCCACGAGCAACUUCCAGCUUGAUGUCGAGGGAACGGGCGAGAACAUGAUUGACGUCCCCGAGGGUACGUUCAACUGGCAGAGGGGAGACAUUGACAAGAAUAUGGGUUUGAGACUGCAGGUCAAGAUCUCCGAUGGAGUUUUGGGGACCGGCCCGGACAACAAGGGCCGGCAGUUGAAUGUCAGCGAUAUCGUGGACAGCAAAACCGGAACCAACAUCAUGUACGGGGCUCAGUUCGCCGAAUACAUCACCAUGACAGUGAAGGGCGUGGCUAUCGCUGGAGGGAAGCCUGCGGAUCCGCUGCCUUGCUUUCGGUGGCAAGCUUUGGCUGCGAAUGGGGAAUUGGCUAUGAUGGCAGCUGAUGUUGCGCCGUGUGAUGCUUCAACUGCUAAGCAUACACCUGGUACUAGACUGUAA